AUGUAUAUGAUGGUGUUCGCCAUUGCCCCUCUCUUCGGUGCUGCUGCCUCAGAUCUAGGCGGAAGGAAAACAGUGUACAUGGUCGGACUCGGCAGUUUUCUCGUCGCGAACACCCUACUUGCUGUGCUGCCACCACAUAUCGCGGAGCUGUACAUUCUCCGUGUCUUCCAGGCAUUCGGAUCAUGUAUCGUAUUCUCCGUCGGGGCCGGCACUGUUGCUGAUAUCACUGAGCCUGCUAAACGUGGAACCGCUUUAGCAUGGUUCUUGAUGGGACCUCAGCUUGGUCCUGUACUUGGUCCGCUUAUUGGUGGUGCACUCGCGGAGGAGAGUAGAUGGCGAUGGAUAUUCGGCUUCCUCUCGCUCGCAAGUUUUCCGGUAUAUAUCCUCAUCGUCUUCUGUACGCCAGAGACACUGCGAUCGCUGGUAGGCAACGGCGCACCUGUCGCAAAUCAGCCUUGGUUUUCGAUACCCAAUUUCCGGACACAGCCUUGUACGGACUUGAGAGCUCCGAAAGCUCCCCGUCCAACGCCUCGAAAGUUCCUGCAUCUUCUUAAAUACCCUCCACACUUGAUCGUUUCCUUCAACGGAGCAUUCCAGUUUGCUGGACUGUAUGCCAUUUUCAUCUCGUUUGCCACCAUUUGGCAAGAGGGUUACGGUUGGACGGCAGCAGAGACUGGGUAUGCUUAUAUAUGUCCCGGUAUUGCGAUGUUCGUCGCUUCGAUGGUAGUCGGUCGACUUUCCGAUUGGAUGCGAAAGAGGGCUCUUGCGAAGAGCUCCACUGGCAAGGUUGCACCUGAGCGAAGAAUUACCAUCCAGAUCUUCGGCUUCGUCAUCGCCGCAGCUGGAAAGAUCAUGUUCGGCUGGUUUGCGCUCGCUCAUUUUCAUCCCGCAGCGGUCCUCUUCUGUACGGCUCUGGCUGCAAUCGGCAUGUCUAUCAUCUUCGUCACCAGCACGUCCUUCCAGACUGAGUGCGACCCUGGCCAAGCGGCUAGUCUAGUGGCUUUGGCAGGUUUCAUGCGCAACAUGGCUGCCGCGAUCUCCUCACUGAUCAUGGCCAGCAUUUUGGAUGCAAUGGGUUGGGGUUGGGCGUUCACCGGUCUGGGGAUUAUAGACCUCCUCUCGAAAUCGAAUUCGCACAACUUCAUCGUGGCGUUCAGAGCAAGUUUACGCAAGAUGACCAACUUCAAGGUUGAUAUUGUCAGCGACACUGUAUGUCCAUGGUGCUAUGUGGGAAAGAAGCGCCUGGAAAAGGGUAUUGCGGCCUACAUGAAGAAACACCCGGACUCAAAAGAUACCUUCGAAACGAGCUGGUAUCCCUUCUAUCUAAACCCGGAUGCGCCAAAGAGUGCCGACAAGCAACAACUGUACGAAUCCAAGUUCGGCAAAGAGCGCACAGCGAUGAUGCAAGAACGUCUCUCGCAGAUUGGCAAAGAUGAGGGAAUCAACUUCAAGUACGGUGGCAAGACGGGAAACACACGCGAUUCGCAUCGACUGGUGCAACUUGGAAAGACAAAGGGCCCGCAGAUGCAGACUCGUGUGAUCGAGGAACUCUUUGCUGCAUACUUUGAGAAUGAGAAGGACAUUACAACCCAAGAGAUCCUUACCGAGGCAGGAAUCAAGGCUGGACUUGAUGAGAAAGAGAUCAAGGAUUGGCUGGAGUCAGGCAAAGGAGGACCUGAAGUUGACAAGGAAGUCCAGCAGGCGCGCCGACAACAGAUUACAGGCGUUCCCAACUUUACCAUUAACGAUCAGUUUGAGAUCGGAGGUGCGCAGGAACCAGAGGCUUUUGUUCAGUUGUUUGAACGGUUGAAGAGGCAAGAGGGUAGUCAUUAG